GACACUGGGCACAGACACAGGGCGGCACAGAUUCUCCUGAUUCUGGAGUAAAUUAUUAUUAUUUUUUUAUGUGUUCAGGUUUGAUUUUAUGAGCUGCAGCCUCGUGAGUCUCUGCUCCUGACCUGACUCUGACCUGACUCUGACCUGACUCUGACCUGACUCUGUCUCUGACCUAAAAUAAUGGACCCUUUGGAUUUUCUGGAGGAGAAGGAGCUGCUCGGUUUCCUCCGCCUCAACAAAACAAACCUGUCUCUCAUGGACAAACCGAAGACGUUUGUGAGGCAGCUCCGGGACUUCAACCUCAUCUCCACGGACCAGCUCUCGAAAAUCAACCGUAUGAAAAGCAACGAGAGGAUCAAGGACGCCGUGUACGAUGUUCUGGAGUUUAUAGAAACAAAACGACCCGAGCGCAUCAAACGCUUCUGGACAUGUGCGUUCAAGGAGCCCAUCUUGAGCCUUUACCCCACGCUCCGAAUGCUCCGACACAGCCUGAUCGAUGGUUCUUAUGCGUGUGAGAGCGCCCUGCUGGAGGACGUGCACCACGAGGACAAGGACGACACGGAAGGACAGAAGACGGAAGACGAGUUGGAAGUGAAGAAAGCUGGAAAAAAGAGGAAGAAAACCACUGACGACGGUGACGGUGACGUUGACGACGAGCGGCCGUCUAUGUCGACUCAAGUUACUCCACGUUUACGAAAGAAAUGCAAAAAACUGUGCUUCUCCCCUCCGUUGAAAAAGGGAGAAAAAGGAGAAAUCUGGACAUGGGGGUUUUAUAAAGUCCAGCUGCCGGUGACAUGUGGAGAUUUAGAGGGAAUCCUGCACCGGGACAGACUCUCCAGAGGUGAAAAGUGCAUCCUGGUGAAGAGCCGGUGGUUUACUCCGUCUGAAUUUGAACAACUUGCAGGAAAAGAAGCAAAUAAGAACUGGAAACUAAGCAUCCGCUGUAAGGAAACACCUCUAGGAAAACUCAUAAAAGAGGGACACCUGACGACCGUAGGAUACAAAAGAUCCUCAAAGGUCAAGAAGCAUUUAUUUCCUCCUGAGGAAACCACAGCAGAGACAGAAGAGACAGAAGACGAGAGAGCAGAGACAGAAGACGAGAGCAGAGAUUCAUCGAGCAGAGAAAGUCCCUCAGGUUCAACAGAGGAACAUGAAGAGGACGGAGAAGGACGUCCCCAGGUGCAUUUAGAGACAAGAUCCCUCCCACACAGAGUCCUCAGAGUGGAGUGUGGGAAUGUCACGGGUUUACUCCACACGAAACGCUUUGCCUCAGGCACAUGUGGGCGGAGCAUCCGCACUGAGACCAGAUGGAUGACCCCAGUGAACUUUGUGAAGGAGGCGUCGUGUCAGACAGAUGUUUCAUGGAAGCUGCAAAUAAAGUGUGAAGGAAAAGCACUGGGAGAGUUAGUAAAGGACAGGGUUGUGGACGUUCACUCUCUGCUGUGUAAUUGUUGCCUUUGUCUUCCAGAUAGUAAAGAUUUGGACAACGAGAAGAACGAUGACGAGUGCUGGAUCUGCCGCGGAGAAGGAACAGAAGGAGAAUCGUUGGUGGAGUGUGACGAGUGUCCUCGCUCCUUCCAUCAGAAAUGUCACUUGCCUCAUGUCCCAGACGCUCUGCUGGAGGACAGCAGCCCCUGGAUAUGCACCCCCUGUGUCCUCUUCCAUACUCUGGAGCUGUACCCGGAGCUGCACAUGGACGCCGCCCUGUCCGGUCUCGUAUCAGCUCACAUGUUGCACUGUCAGUAUCUGCUGCUGGGACUCUACAGGGACGACGAGGACUGUCUCUUUAAAUCUGACCCGUGUCAUCUCCCAGAAUACACCAGGGUGAUCCGCACACCCAUGAGUCUGGACCAGGUCACAGACAAACUCCAGAGGGACAGAUACGAGACAGUGGGACAGUUUGUGUCCGACAUCCAGCUCAUUUUCUCCAACUGUGCGUCGUAUAAUCGGGAUAAUCCUGAGUUUCUUUCCGUCGGUGCGACAUUAAAAGAAUCUUUUGAAAAAGAAUUGAACACAGUGUUUAAGAUUCAACCCUCGUCCUCAGAAUCAGAAUCAGAAUCAUUAGUUUUAUUCAUCCCUGAAGCGGAAAUUCAGUUUCUCUCAGACGUGAGCAGCAAAUAAAACUUCAAAACUUUACUUAUCAACUAAACCCCAAGUAAAAAUAAAAUAACUUAUAACUACAUCAUAACUUAACUUAAUAAUAAAAUAUAUUAUUAUAUUUCCCUCACAGCAGAUUUACAGAUUUAUGCACAAUUUUACAAAUCGACAUAAAUCAACAGAUUCAUGAAAGUUUAUCUGAAAAGGCAGAAAACAUUUCUGUCCCUCAGAGUGAGACAAACCAGACAACUGCCCAGGGGACAGAGGACCUCAGAGGACCUCAGGGCCUCAGAGGACCUCGGGGCCUCAGAGGACCUCAGAGGACCUCGGGGCCUCAGAGGACCUCAGAGGACCUCGGGGCCUCAGAGGACCUCAGAGGACCUCGGGGCCUCAGAGGACCUCAGAGGACCUCGGGGCCUCAGAGGACCUCAGAGGACCUCGGGGCCUCAGAGGACCUCAGAGGACCUCGGGGCCUCAGAG